AUGCCACUGGGCGUACUACACUUCCCAAGAUGCCACUGGGCGUACUACGGUUCCCAAGAUGCCACUGGGCGUACUACAGUUCCCAAGGCGCCACUGGGCGUACUACAAUUCCCAAGGUGCCACUGGGCGUACUACAAUUCCCAAGGUGCCACUGGGCGUACUACGGUUCCCAAGAUGCCACUGAGCGUACUACGGUUCCCAAGGCGCCGCUGGGCGUACUACAGUUCCCAAGGUGCCACUGGGCGUACUACGGUUCCCAAGGUGCCGCUGGGCGUCCUACAGUUCCCAAGAUGCCACUGGGCGUACUACGGUUCCCAAGGUGCCGCUGGGCGUACUACAGUUCCCAAGGUGCCGCUGGGCGUACUACAAUGCCAAGGUGCCGCUGGGCGUACUACAAUUCCCAAGGCGCCACUGGGCGUACUACAAUUCCCAAGAUGCCACUGGGCGUACUACAGUUCCCAAGGUGCCGCUGGGCGUACUACAGUUCCCAAGAUGCCACUGGGCGUGCUGCAGUUCCCAAGAUGCCACUGGGCGUACUACAAUUCCCAAGGUGCCACUGGGCGUACUACGGUUCCCAAGCUGCCACUGGGCAUACUACAGUUCCCAAGGUGCCGCUGGGCGUACUACAGUUCCCAAGAUGUCACUGGGCGUACUACGGUUCCCAAGGUGCCACUGGGCGUACUACAGUUCCCAAGAUGCCACUGGGCGUACUACGGUUCCCAAGAUGCCACUGGGCGUACUACGGCUCCCAAGAUGCCACUGGGCGUGCUACAGUUCCCAAGGUGCCACUGGGCGUACUACAGUUCCCAAGGUGCCACUGGGCGUACUACAGUUCCCAAGGCGCCGCUGGGCGUACUACAAUGCCAAGGCGCCACUGGGCGUACUACAAUUCCCAAGGCGCCGCUGGGCGUACUACAAUUCCCAAGGUGCCGCUGGGCGUACUACGGUUCCCGAGGUGCCGCUGGGCGUACUACAAUUCCCAAGGUGCCGCUGGGCGUACUACGGUUCCCAAGCUGCCACUGGGCAUACUACAGUUCCCAAGGUGCCGCUGGGCGUACUACAGUUCCCAAGAUGUCACUGGGCGUACUACGGUUCCCAAGGUGCCACUGGCGUACUACGGUUCCCAAGGCGCCCCUGGGCGUACUACGGUUCCCAAGGCGCCACUGGGCGUGCUACAAUUCCCAAGAUGCCACUGGGCGUGCUACAAUUCCCAAGGUGCCACUGGGCGUACUACGGUUCCCAAGGCGCCGCUGAACGGACUACGGUUCCCAAGGUGCUUGAGGGGUUUAUUCAGACGCAUGGCGCAGGCGCCCGUUCCACAAACAAGGCGGUCCGGAAAGCGGGCGCCGCGCCCGGGCGCGCUAGGGUUCCCGUUCCAGAAGAAGGAGGAGGCGGAGGCAGGGUGCUUUAUAGGUCAGUGGGGGAGGAAGAGGAAGGGGGGAAGAGGAAGGAAGGAAGGAAGGAAGGAAGGAAGGAAGGAAGGGGGAAAGGAAAGGAGGGGAAAUGGGAAAAGAGGAAGGAGGGAAAGGAAGGGAAAGAGGGGAGGAGAAAGAGGAAAUGAGGGAAAGGAAGGAGGAAGAAGAAGAGAAGGGAAGAGGAAAUGGAUGGAAGGAAGGAAGGAAGGGGGACAAGGAAAGAGAAGGGAGGGAGGGAGGGAGGAAGGAAAGGAAGGGGAAAAGGAAAGAUGGAAGGAAGGGGAAAAGGAAAGGGGAAAUGGGAAGAGAGGAAGGAGGGAAAGGAAGAGGAAGGAUGAAGAAGGGAAAGGAAGGGAAGGAGGGGAGGAGAAAGAGGAAAUGAGGGAAAGUGGGAGAGGAAAGAGGAAGAAGGGGAAGGAAGGAGGAAGAAGGGGGAAGGGAAGAGGAAAUGGAUGGAAGGAAGGAAGGAAGGAAGGAAGGGGAAAAGGAAAGAUGGAAGGAAGGGGAAAAG